AUGAAGUUGCCGACGACGACGACGCUCCGGCAUCGAUCGGCGCUUCCCAGACGCAUUCUGUCCCUCGGCGGCCCCUCCCAAUCCCUCCGACCCUACCUGCAGGCCGUCCGCAGCAGCCUGACGGUCGCCCUCUGCCUCGGCGACUUUGCCUCGCAGACCGCCGAGCGCCACAACGUGCCCGAGAUCGAGGCCGGCUCGUCGCCCGAGGUCCUGCUGACGCCGCUCGUCGUGUCGCGCAACGAGAACGAGCGCGUGCUCAUCGAGGCCAGCGUCAACAGCGUGCGCGUCAGCAUCAAGAUCAAGCAGGCCGACGAGAUUGAGCACAUCCUGGUGCACAAGUUUACGCGCUUCCUGACGCAGCGCGCCGAGUCCUUUUUUAUCCUGCGGCGCAAGGCCGUCGACGGCUACAACAUCUCGUUCCUCGUCACCAACUUCCACACCGAGCAGAUGCUCAAGCACAAGCUCGUGGACUUUAUCAUCCAGUUUAUGGAGGAGGUCGACAAGGAGAUUUCCGAGAUGAAGCUCUUUUUAAACGCGCGUGCGCGCUUCGUCGCCGAGUCGUUCCUGACACCAUUCGAUUAA